AUAUUAUUGAAAUAACAGUGUUUGCUACCUUUUUCGAUUCUCAGCAUAAAAGCUCAGGCUCCAUAUGUAUGCCCACAAAUACCGCACAUUCCCAAAUACUCAACUCUAAACCUUGUCUCAUCAACUACUGCAACUCUUAAGACACAAAGAUGAGACCUGAAAUAUGCUUGACUUUGAUAUGCUCCUUAAUUCUCUGCCUUGUCUGCAGUGUAGUCUCAUCUGGGGUUUCUGUCUGCAGUACUGAUGGCAUGUCCAUUCGAGGAGGGGAGUACAGUCUCUCAAAUGGACUAAAUGUGGGCAGUGAGCUGUUGUACCACUGUCCUGAUGGUUAUUACCCUUACCCCAAACGUAUGCACAGAUGUCUGGGCCAUAAUCGCUGGUCCCCAAGCCCCAGUCGACGAGGCAGUGAGUGCAGGGUCAUGACGUGCCCUAAUCCCAGUCUUCUGAGAAAUGGUGAUGUGUCUCCUGUCCAAUCGCAGUAUGUUGUUGGGGACCAGACCACUUAUGGAUGCUAUGACGGUUACACUUUCGCCGGCUCCGCCAGCAGAGUCUGCCAGAGUAAUGGGAGGUGGAGCGGCGACACGCCUAUCUGUGAUCAUGGCUCUGGUCAUUGCCGUGACCCUGGCGUUCCCCCGGGGGCCAAGCGCCAUGGAAAUAUGCUCGAUAUAGGUGACCGGGUGACAUAUGAAUGCUCUUUUGGACUGAUGCUGCUGGGAUCGAAGGAGCGGAUGUGCCUGGAGGGUGGAGACUGGUCAGGAACUGAGCCUUUCUGUUACAGUAAAAACAACUAUGACACCCCAGAGGAGGUAUCCAAGUACUUCUCUACAUCCCUCGAGAAUCGGCUGGCAAUAUCUGGCCUGGGUGACAAUACUGAUGGGCAGCAAGUACAAAGGUCCAUCCAGAUGAGGCAGGGAGGCAAGCUCCACAUCUACAUUGCUCUGGAUACUUCAGGGAGCAUAAGCAGAGAUAACUUUACUGUGGCCAAAAACUGCGUUGAAGCCCUCAUCAACCAGAUUUCUUUUUUUGAAGUCAUCCCGAGGUACGGAAUUCUGAGCUUUGCUUCUGAGGUCAAUGAGAUUGUUGAUAUCUUCUCUCCUUCCUCACACUCAGACAUGGUUUUACAGAAAUUAAAUAAUGUCACCUACGGUAAAUUAAAUGGUACUGGAAGUAACCUCUCAAGGGUAUUUAAAAAAAUCCAUCACAAGAUGGCUGUCUUUAAGGAAAGAAAGGAGCUUGAAGACACACAGCAGGCCAUUCUUAUGUUUACAGAUGGAAAGACUAACAUGGGGGGAAGUGCAGAGCCCACUGUUAUCAGGAUUAGGAACCUGAUGGAAGAAAUACAUGGCAUAAACUGGCAGAAAUAUCUGGGUAAGAUCAACUGCUGA